CUGCACGCCUAUAAAUUGCAGGAGUUGUCUGACAGCUCAUAAGAAGCGUCUGAGCUCAGAGGGAGAGGAUCACUCUUUGGAAUAUUACUCUAUACAGGAAACAGCAUUACUUUUUUUUCCUGAUCAUUUCACAGUUGAAAGAUCUUUUACACAAGUGGUAUGCUACUUUGGAAUACUAUUUCAUCCAUUUUUAUGGCCAAAGUUAGUGAAACUCGAAGACAACUGCAACAACGACAACAACAAAGAAUCCCUGUUGAAGAAACCUGAGGUAUUUGGAAAAGUCGUUCCAAAAAAUCCAUUUAACAAAACAAGUGUGACUGUUUCACUCAGUGAAAAAGUACAACAUGGUUGGAAUCAAGCCCACAGAUUUGGCUCCCACAGCCACUGUGAAGUUCUUCGGUGCUGGAACAGCAGCCUGCAUUGCUGACUUGGUGACCUUUCCCCUGGACACAGCCAAAGUUAGGCUCCAGAUCCAGGGCGAGUCCAGACCUGCCGAAGGAACAGCAGGGGUGAAAUAUCGGGGUGUGUUUGGUACCAUCACCACCAUGGUGCGCAUGGAGGGGCCACGGAGUCUCUACAACGGGCUGGUGGCUGGACUGCAGCGGCAGAUGAGCUUCGCUUCCGUCCGCAUCGGCCUCUAUGACUCUAUGAAGCAGUUCUACACGCGAGGAUCCGAGAAUGUAGGCAUUGUGAGUCGGUUGCUAGCCGGCUGCACUACCGGGGCCAUGGCGGUGGCAUUUGCGCAGCCCACAGAUGUAGUAAAAGUACGCUUCCAGGCCCAAAUGCGUCUAGCAGAUGGAGCGAAGCGUUACAACGGCACCAUGGACGCCUACAAGACCAUCGCUCGUGAUGAAGGCAUCAAAGGACUUUGGAAAGGUUGCAUACCGAAUAUCACAAGAAACGCUAUUGUGAACUGUGCUGAGCUGGUAACCUACGACAUCAUCAAAGAGCUCAUACUAAAGUACAAUCUCAUGACAGAUAACUUGCCCUGCCACUUCACGGCUGCGUUCGGAGCUGGUUUCUGCACCACCAUCGUAGCCUCUCCAGUGGACGUGGUGAAGACCCGCUUCAUGAACUCUGCUGCAGGCCAGUACAGCAGUGCCAUCAACUGUGCCCUUACCAUGCUGACCAAGGAAGGACCGACUGCCUUUUACAAAGGGUUCAUGCCCUCGUUCCUUCGCCUAGGAUCCUGGAACAUUGUGAUGUUUGUCUCCUAUGAACAAAUAAAGAGAGCUGUGACAAGAGUGCAGCAAUCCUGGGAGGCACCAUUUUGAAUGGUUCUUUUCAAGACAACAAAACAAAGACGGAUAUAAAAGACAACCUAAUCUCCACCAUGUCCUUUGAAUUAUAUCACUAUGAGCUGGACAGUGUUUGCGUCGAAAUCCUGAACAGUGGUGGGAGAAGACCCCUUCCAGUAUGGAAUUAAGUUUUAUCUUGGAAAUGCACAGACUUGUAAAAAAAAAAAAAAAAAAAAAAAAAAAAAAAAAAGUUGUGCCUUCUGAUCCUGGGGAAAGGGUUGCUUUUUGUUAGGACACUGCACUCUCUAUCCGAGAGUGUAGGAGAUGAUCCUGUGGACGAGGCUAAGUACAGUUUGGAACUAUCAACACUUUCCAAGCAAGACAGCACAUUUUCCCUAUAGAGCUUGCAUAUCUUUUUGUUUUCUCUAUAGAACUUGCACAUAUUUGUGUCUUGUUUUACUAUUUGUCUGACUGAGUUUUCAGGAAAACGUUUUAUGAGAUGUUUACAGAUUUGUUUACAAGCACUACACAUUUUGGGGCCAUAGAUAGUUGAUUGUAUGUAACUAUUAUAACAGGCAGAUUUGCUCCUCAUAUAGCAAUUGUUACAAUAUUUUUAUACAAUGUGCAUUCCUGUUAAUAAAACUGAUACUGUAAAUGUA